AUGGCAGAAACAGUAUCCUCUGCUCCUCAUUCGCUGGCAGACAAGACAUCCUCUGAUUUCAAGCUUUGCAAUACCAACAUUGUUAGGAACUAUAAGAGAUCGAGGUUUGACGAGGUCGAGAGUUACAAACAGGUUGGUCACGUUGGAUCAGGUGGCUACGGAAACUGUUUAUUGCUACAAAAUAGGUCCAAUAUGAGUCUGCGCGUCUGCAAGGUUCAAAAGCGGCGCAAGAGCAUCUCGAAACCUCUCGAAAUCGAGAUCCUGCGGAACAUUCUUUAUGAUCAUCCUCGAAUCGUGGUUCUCCAUGAAGCGAUCAUGCACACCAACACGAUGCAGCUCUACUUCGAUUACUACCCGGGUGGAGAUCUCUUCAAACUCAUGGUCCGCUACAUCGAAGAGUGGCAAGGAGUACCGGAGUCGUUCAUCUGGCAUUGUUUCCUCCAAAUCAGCGAGGGUUUGGCCUAUAUCCAUCACGGUUACGACCGGCGACAACUUGGUGGUCCUCCACCUGAUUCGGAGUGGCAGCCAAUCAUCCAUGGGGACAUCAAGCCAGAAAACAUCUUUCUUGGCCCUCCAACUCCUGACAGCCAUGGCUAUCCAUCGCUUGUUCUUGGCGACUUCGGCCUUGCUACCGUUGAUGAAACCUCCUUUUCUGGGACUUGGAAGUAA